AGUAACAGAGGGACAUCCAUAACAAGACAAUCUUGUUCACCAAAAUUCCUUAAAUAGGAUACAAUUCAUGAGCAAUAUUAAUCUGUCAUCCCCAUAUGCUACCACAAUUCACUGCGUUUGGUAAAUAACGUUUUUAGGACAUAACAUAUUGAUAAUCCAGCUCUAUAGAAGAUGGAAGAGCAAGUAGAGAGAAAAACGCCCAUGAUUGCAGCAAAGGACACUGGUCCUGGUCCUGCACGGUACAACCUGCCCCCAACCGUGGGGUUUGUGGGCCAUGAUUAUACAAAAUACUCAAGUCCAGCAUAUUCUUUCCAUGGACAGAGAAGCCACUCUGCUGAUCUUAAUCAUUCCAGCCCAGGACCUCGAUAUUAUGUGGAGCCAUGCCUGACACGCUUUGGCCGGAGUGCCGGACCUGCCUAUUCCAUGUUGGCUCGUGGCAGACCAGCAGCUAAUAAGGAGGUGGUUCCUGGUCCUGGGGUUUACAAGCCUGAGAAAUGUCUUAUUCCAACCCAUCGAAAACCACCAUCUUACUCAAUGGGUUCCAGAACCCGUUACAGAUCACUCAAUCAGGUUCCAGCUCCAAACACAUACUCCCUGCCUCCAGUGAUUGGUCCCAGGGCUCCAGUAAAGGUCUCUGCCCCGGCUUUUAGUUUGUCUGGCCGACCAAAUCGUGGAGGGCAUUCUGAGGAUUUGGCUUAUACACCUGGUCCAGCUCACUAUAAACAAAUAGAUGACACAUGCUGCAUGCGGAAAAGUCCAGCUUACUCUAUGCUUGGAAGACACCAAAUGGCAAAAGCAAAAUUUGUUACACCAGGGCCUGGGGCUCAUAGUCCACAAACCGUAACAAAUCAUAUGAACCGAGCACCUGCAUUCUCAAUGGGUAUUCGUCACUCGGAGUACACCAACCCACUUAUCAUUGAAGUACCUAACUGAUCUUUCAUCAUGCAUUGCCCUAUUCACUAAACAAGAUGUAUAAAGGGGACAUUUAUGAAAACUGGUGUACAAGUAACUGAGCAAAACAAUAUCAUGUAGCAUAGCAGCCAAUCAUUUAGUUACUUCCUAAGAUUAACUGCACAAUCUGAUUGGUUACUAUGGGCCCAAGCUUUUAUUUCUACAGUUACCUGUGUCUAUAUUUUCUGAUAGGCUUCCAUACGGAUUGUGUUUUAGAUUGAUUUUUCUAGAACUAAAGGUUUUCAAACCCACUUAUUUCAUUUGGAAGCCUAGACAGUUAGGCUCAGUUCUUCUGGGCUCCAGCUGAUGUUAGUAAUGGGUCAUAUUGUCUCUAAUUUAUUUGACUCAGACAUUUAGGCACAAAUGUAGGUACUUAUGAUUGUGAACUUUGGAUUUAGGCAUCAGGGAUAGCGAUUGCGAGCUGGCAUUAGAUUUGGAACUGAUGAUAUGGAUUUAUGUUUAAAGGUGUAAAUGCGAGAAUACAAAUGUGGUGCAGGGGUAAGCUGGAGUUACCUAUGUGGUGGAACAAGCUUUUUACUUUUUGCUUCAUUGUAAAUCAGUACAAAACCCAGCAGAGAGGCAAGAAUUUUUUCCCACAGACAGACAAAAUGUAUGCAAAGGAUUUUUGUAUGUAUUAUUAAUUGCACCAUAUGAUGACUGGAGUGGGUUAAAUUAAUCAAUGAGAAGUAGUUCACACAUGGGGCCAAAUGUAAUAGAGUGAGAGUUUCAGAAAGUGAGAGAUUUGGUAAGGUUUUUCAGGUUUUUUUUAAAGUGGCAAUCAUUUACACUACAAA